AAAAAGUUAGGUGGUAGUCAAACAAGUGCAGAUCUUCUAAAAACUCAAAUGAAUUUGUAUAAAAAUCAGGAGCCUCCUUUUGAUGAUAAAUUUAUUGCAUCCGCUAAUACAAUUACUAAUUGGUGGAUGUCUAUAGAAAUAAAAAGACAUGAAGAUCAUAUUAAAAACCUUGCUUUAAAAAUACAUUCGAUUUUACCUUAUAACGCUACUUUUGAGAAUGCUAAGUCAGAGCUUAAUUAUAUAGAUCUAAAUCUUCGCCAAGAGGAUUUCUUAUCAAUUUUUAAUAAAAUCUCAAGUUCUAUUGAAGAUGGCACUGAUUUAUUUAGUGAAGAAGAUUUGUUUUCUAUUCAGGAAGAAUCUACAGAAGAACCGAUAGAAGAUAUGGAAGAUCUCCUAGAAGAGAAUUUAGCUAAAGAAAAUUCUAUAAAUUUAGAAAUUGAAAAUCUCAUAAAUUUAUCAUUCAAAUUAAAGCUUAGUGAGUCAUCAAGUAUAAUUGAAGAAAUUAUACAUAGAGAUAAAAAUUUUGAUGUAAACGAAUUGCUUUAA